CUUAUCCUGGGACGUGACACCUGCGCAUAGUCAACACCGUGAUCCCAGUGGCGUAGUCACAGCUUAUCAGCCGCCCUGGGGGAACCUGAAUGGUGACUCAUCCCAGGGAGAGUGUGCAGUGCCAGUGGCAAAGAGGUUUAGAAUGCCCGUUUCUCCAGGUAGCAAUGGCGUGUUCUGGUACAGUCAUAACGUAGCAAAUGUGCACAUGGUUGUCAUCAGCACGGAGCAUGACGUCAGCCCAAGCUCGGUGCAGGCAAAGUGGCUGGAGAGUGACUUAGCUGCUGUGAACAGGACACGACAACCGUGGGUUAUUGUUGGUGGACACCGCAGUCUGUAUAACGAUGUGCAAUACACAUAUCCCGAUCCAGACCUUCCUUAUCAAGAGCAUGGAAGGAGGUAUCUGACACCACUGUUUGAUCAUUAUAACGUCAACGUCUAUUUGGCUGGCCACUACCAUAACUAUGUACGCACUUGUCCACUGAUUGUUGCUGGCACAACACAUAUCACUGUCGGGACCGGUGGGGCUGGACUGGAGCCGGACACUUUCUCAACACCAUCGUGGAUAGCCUUCAAUUUGACUGGCUAUCAUGGAUUUGUCACGUUUGAAACUGCAUCGUCAACCAUGGCAGUUCUGAAGUUCUUCGAUGCAGUGUCUGGUCAGAUGAUGGACAAUACUACCCUGAUCCAAAACAUAGAUCACCCCAGCUCACGUCCAUCACCAGAAACCUCCACCAGACCCACAACAUGUCCUGCCAGCGUCUCUCCUCGACCAAGCAAUGGUGGCAUAUCACAAACAGGAAAAGAAAUUCUCAUUGGCACACUGUGCGCACUAGCUGGCUUCAUGCUGGGCGGCGUUUCGGCUGUGUUCAUCCUCAAAAAGCUGAAGAAACAUCGUUAUAGGACAGUAUCAGAGUUUUGAAAUACCAAAGCACCUUCAAGGCUUUUUGUAACUUUAUAACCAUGACAACAUAAUGAGAUCCUCACCCUUUCUUGAAAUUCAGAAUCAGAAUCAGAAUUUAACUCAUCACACAGCUUCUUGAGCUGCCUCAACUGGCGACUGCACCAUUAUUUAUUUGUAUUUUUUCGCACACCAUUCAUGAGAACAUCAUUCACAUCUUGCACUAGUUUACAAUUGUGUCUGCAGUGUGCUUUCUCAUUUUGUUAGAAGUAGAGCUCACACGUUUUACUGAAUGCUGAAUUGAACUAUACCAGCCGGUGCGAAAGCACCACUACAAGUUCAAAGACUGCAUAAAAACUGUUUUAUAUCGGGUUCCCAUCACUCUUCAUUCUGAAUCUGAA